AUGGAAAGUCUUAAAGCGAAAGCCCUCAGACAAUUCGACGCCCUCGUCGAACGAGGAAAUGUAUUAUGGGAAGAAAAUUCCCCACGUUUGGUCACCGCCAAGCCAUUCAACGUACGUCGUAAAAGAACAAGUCCAAUAUAAUAACUGACUGCGGCUUUCCCUCUACUUUCAACCCAUGAACUGAACAUCGCAACAGUUUCAAUUUCGCAUCGCCCCAAGUUGGAAGACUAAACCCAUACUCCAGCCCAAUGACCCAGGUCGUACCCAAGACCGUGGAGCUUUUGCGGACGAUGACCCAGAUUUCUUCCUGGAGCACGUCGGGCCGUCACAUACGUUGAUCCUCAAUAAGUUUUGUGUUGUGAGACCGCAAUAUGUACUUCACACCACUGCAUUUGAGCCACAAUAUGACAAGCUGUCUGUGGCGGAUUUCAAAGCUGCUUGGAGUGUGCUGUCACGGCUGGAAAGUGAACACAUAGUCAUUUUUAACUGUGGUGUUGAUGCUGGUGCCUCUCAAGGUCAUAAACACUUGCAGAUCGUACCGGCGCGGGAGGAAUUCAAUUUGUUUCCUGAUGUGUUGGGAAUUGACCAUGGUGAGUCUAGUACUCGAUCCAACCGUUCCAAUCCGACAAAGGGACAUGAUUCUGGCCAUUUGUAAAAGUCUUAGCUGUUACUAACUUUACAAUAUCUCAGAAUCAUGCACUGUACCCGGGAUUCCGUUCAGACACGCUGUACAAAGGUUGCCUUCUCCAACAAGUACCGCCGACGUGGUUGAGAUGUAUAAGCAGUUGAUUGAAAUUGCUGGCGUGAAAGAAACACCAGCUCACAAUGUUAUCCUCACCCCAGAUUGGCUUCUCGUGAUUCCACGUUCGCAUGCCAGGGAUGGAAAACUUGCUGCUAGUGCAGCUUCCAUGGUUGGCAUGGUUUGGGUAACUGAAGAGUCAGAGUUUCAAGAAUGGCUAGAUCAAGGGCCAAUGGAGGUCUUGUGCAGGUUUGGUGUUACGAAAGAGACGAGCUGAGUUCGAAGAGCGGUGUUAUUAUGAACUGCAAGUUCUAUGGAGUAUACAUUUUGAGAGGAAUACAAAGCGGGGGUGCGAGUAUCAACGGUAAUAAUGAAGAGAGAAGCAGGAGAAACUUUUGAAGUUCACGUAUAGAUAGAUCCACAAGACCAGAGCAGCUAUAUGAUACACAAAGAAAUGGACA